UUGUGGAAUAUCGGUAGACCGUAGUAAUUACCAUAAGUUUACGUGCUGUACAGGUAGCUGGGUCUGUUCAGUGUUAUCUUUGAAGUCGGCUGGUAAUACUGAUGGGAAAACGGUUUACCUUAUUGUUAUCAUUGGUGCUGGUGUAAUAUUGAUGUCAAACAGGCAGCCAUAGAGACCUUACAACAAAUCAGGCACAUUCUGACAGGCAGUGUUAUUUCAGCCUGCCUGCUUGAGCGGGAGAUGCAUCUCAAACUGCUCCCAACAUAUGGAAGUCCAAAAGUGUGCAGAGAAAGUUGGGAGAAUAAGGACCUGAAGAUAUGAGUAGAAGAAGAGUACACAUUGAACGAAAGAAUAGAGAAGGAACGUGACUAUACAGAACCAAGGGAGGGACACUUAGUUUAAAAUAAAAUGAACAGUGAAAGAAUGCGCAGGAAAUGAGAUAAGGAAGUAGCAACUCAAGCAGAACACCCAUCAUGCGCCUGUCAAUGUUCCUCCAUUAUCCCGGUUUCCAUAUUUUUCUACUUUACUCACUGACUUUUUGUAUAGUUCGUCUUUGUUUCAAUGGUUUUCUCUAUUCUCCACUCUUUUCCCGCAGUAAACACUUAAAGCAUCUAAGUCAAGAGUUUCUCUCCAGGAACUUACAGGAAGGGGUUGAUGCCUUUCGCUACUUUUACGAAAGAGCCUUGCGUUCAACUCCUUUUUAUGAAAACCAAGUACUCCCUACCUCAAACAUCUCUGCACUAUGUUCCCAUAAAGCAACAAGUAACCUUCUUCGCUCACAAACAGCCGAGUCUGUACUCCUUGCCAUAACCAUUAUAACAACCAGGCGCAGGCCAGAGUAUCACUAUCCCUUACAGGUUGCACAUGGCUUUCUUGACCGAAUUUCAGAAUGUGGCUCAGACUGUUCAGGGUUUCGUCUUUUUAUUUGCAAUGUGGAUGAUUCUCCAUCUUCCCAUACUGAUGCUUGUCUCCUGUCUCACUUCUUGCCUUCGGUGAAUCGCCCCUUUAAGCAACAGGAGGCUCCAAACCGUUUUGAACGUGAAAAGCAGGAUUAUGCCUUCUGUCUUUCUAAAACUUUAGAGACCUUUUCUCCGAAAUAUGUAAUGCUUAUAGAAGAUGAUGCAGUUCCACAAAUUGACAUCUUCCAUGCCUUUUUUCAACUAGUGAAUGUUCGAUUUCCAAAGGAGCCUCUUGGUGGUGGUCUCUACGUUAAACUGUAUCACCCAGAGCGGUUGCAGGGCUAUUUAAACCCCGAGCCCAUGAGAAUACUUGAGUGGAUUGGACUGGGCAUACUUUCAGGCUUUGCGCUAACUUUUGCAUAUACUAAUCUAAUUCAUCAAUCACCAUUCAGGUGGUACUUGUUCACUGCAUUUGCUAUCUAUGCAAUGUUACUCGCAGAACUACUGGGACGCCAUUACAUUCUAGAGCUACGCCGGGUCUUGCCUGCCCUUUACAAUGUGGUUCCUGCUUCUGAGUGUUGUACUCCUGCUAUGCUUUUCUCAGAGGCUUCUGCUAAACGAACACUUAAAUACCUGGAUGAAAUAAACUGCAAAGCAGGAUAUGCAAAGGACACUGCACUCUACAAGGAGCUUGGAAGAAGGGGGGAGUGGGCAUGGGUUCUGGAGCCCAACAUGGUGACUCAUGUGGGUUUAUUCUCAACGCUCAGAGGAAGCAUGGAGGGAAAUGAGCCAUUGCUGCUCUAAUU